AUGGCGACGGUUGAGCAUGUAAUUCCGGUCAAGGAGACAGUGAUGGAACUCCCAUCGCUUCCACCAAAUCAGGGCAUGGAGGCCCUGAAGGAUAUUGUCUUUGGUUCGGUCGCCGGUAUGGCCGGAAAACUCAUUGAGUACCCUUUUGAUACCGUCAAGGUCCGACUACAAUCUCAACCGGAACACCUCCCACUUCGUUACACCGGUCCCCUCGACUGCUUCCGUCAAUCCUUCCAGACUGAUGGCUUCCGCGGUCUCUAUCGAGGCAUUAGCGCCCCAAUGACCGGCGCCGCGGUUGAAACCAGCUGCCUCUUCUUCAGUUACCGUCUUUUACAAGAUGCCCUCCGUGCGACCGUCUACCAGGACGUUGAACAAUUACCCUUCCUCGCUUUGGUGGCAAGUGGCGCUGCUUCUGGUUCUGUAACCUCCCUCGCAUUGACUCCCAUUGAACUCGUCAAGUGCAAGAUGCAAGUCCCACUUGAAUCGACUGCUCACAAGCCCCCUGGUCCGGUCGCACUCAUCGCUUCCAUCUUCCGUCAUGAGGGUAUCCGUGGAUUCUGGCGCGGACAAAUGGGUACUUUGAUCCGUGAAACCGGAGGUAGUGCCGCCUGGUUUGGUGGUUACGAGGCCGUUUCGUCUCUCUUCCGGAGUCGAUCGCCUACUCCUAUGUCUGCGACAGACUCUCUCCCUGUGCAUCAGCAGAUGAUUGCGGGUGCUAUGGCUGGAAUCAGUUAUAAUUUCUUGUUCUUCCCCGCGGAUACCAUCAAGUCGCGUAUGCAGACCGAGGAUAUUACACGCCUCCCUGCCAAUCAGCAGCGUCAGACUUUUUGGAGCGUUGGUCGUGGACUCUGGAGACAACAAGGACUGAAGGGUCUGUAUCGCGGGUGCGGGAUCACCUGUGCCCGCUCAGCUCCUAGUUCCGCGUUUAUCUUCGCAGUUUACGAGGGAUUACGACAGCAUUUUGCAUGA